AUGACAUGUGGUAACAGCGGCAACGACAACAGCAACUCGAAACAGGUAUCACCGCUGACAGCCGAUAGUUUACCACCGGAAAUUUAUCCAGAAAUUCUAAAAUACUUAAAAAGAACGGAUAUCGAUAAUUGUUCAUUGGUAUGCAGGAGGUGGUGGUCACAGAUUGAGCGAAAUUUUCACUUUUUGGCUAAACAUCAUAUAAAACGAUUGCAUAUCGAAGAAGAUAAAACUGGUUUUACGCUGAAUAUAAGUGGUCCCGAACUUGUAAAGCAAUGGAAGUAUCGGAAGGCUUCUAUGGAACAAAAGGCACUAAUGUUACGGAAACGUCAUCAUAAUGAUUGCGAAGAUUCUGGAAUACCACCGAUGAAACUGUCCGCUAUGUGCGUUUAUGCGGCUUCAAAUCUGCCGUCAACUUCCUACCCAAAUAUUGUUCCAGUUAUACUUGUUGAACCAAUUGAGGAAGCAGCAAAAGUUGCCUUUAAAAAGAAAAUUCAUGUUCCGCCAGUUGAACUGUUUGCACGUUUGGUGAAGUGUUAUCGGCAUGCAGAUAUUGAUACAAUAACGUUCAACGAGUUUCGAUUGACCGACCAGUUUGUUGAUCGAUUUAGGGAGGCAUUCGACGGUCAUCCGGUCAAAUGUCAACAGCUUAUUUUAAGAUUUACAAAGCUCAAAUAUAUAUCUGUAAAAAAGUUUGUAUUAAUCAAGUUUGAUGAAUUGUUGGCUAUGUUUGAUACAAAAUCGUUAAAAUUUGAAUGGAUUCGAGACUGUAAUGGUCAUUUAUCGUGUAUGGGUGUUCAGGAACGUAUACGGGACUAUGUUACAUCACUGGAAAUUAUGAAUGUUACACCUGAAUUACAACCUUUUUCCAGCGACUUUGUGUUACAAUUUUUGCUAAAAUCUGGCGUUAAUUUGUUGAGGAUUGAAGAAUGCGAUAUUUGCUUAAACGAUUUGAUCAAACUUAUUGAGGAAUGGCAUAAAUCAGAAACGGUACUGUUUGGAAAGGUAUGUUUGGUGGUAAAAAAUUUGAAAUGGAAGAAGUUUUUUGAAUUAUUACCGGCACAAAAUGUUGCACGCCAAGGCUACAAGGCAAUUAUGCAUAGUCGACUGCCAUAUGAGCUUCGGCUUUGGGUCUGCGGAAAUGUGUUGUAUAUGGUGACUGAAAAAAGUCCUAAACAUUGA